AUGUGGUUGGUUUUCUGGCUGGAGCAAGUCUCAGUAACAGGGAUACAGAAGCGAUGUUCUUGCAAAUGUGGAUUAACUUCUUGGCCAUUUUAUGUAACAUUUCUGUUGCGAAAAAUAGUUGAAUAUUCCGUUUCAUCCCGCUCUCCAUCAAGUUGCAAAACGGUUCAUCGAAUUAUUUACGUUGAUGAUUAUCUGCUUUCAUUAUGUGAUGACGAUUUCGCCAAACGUUUUCGGACGGAAUUUAUGUUCUACUCUCUCAAGGUGCACCCUGUCCUGUUUGCCUUCUCUUUACGAACCCCUGGGUUUCAUUUCCCUUGGCUGAUACCUGAAAAGUGCCCACUGCAUUUUUUGUGCAAAAGCGGAUGGAAAUGGAAUGUGAAACUAUCUUUAAUUGAGAGAUCUCAAAGGGAAAACUGGAUCUCAAAUCUGCGCAGUCUGAAAACGCUUCAGCUGACUCGAUGUUUAAAACCCAAAGGUAUCGGCGAUCUAAAGCUAACCGAACUGCAUGCAUUUUGCCAUACGUCCGAAGCGCGUGCAGCAGUUUUUAUACCACAAUUAGAGCUGGCAGCUGCAACUUUGGCUGCACGCUUGGCUGAUCCCAUCCGUUCAGCUACCAUUACUUACCCCAAAGGUAACUUCCUUGACUGA